AUGACAGAAGAAAAUCCAAAAUCCUCAUUAGAGCCUACACAGCAGUGUGCGAAGAAGCCCCCAGCAGGUGCCCUGGCUUCAUCCUGUCUCCGGCACUCCAGCCACACAGGCUUCUGCCACUUCCUCGAGGGCUCUGACCUCCUCUCCUCAGGGCCUUUCUACAGGCUGCUCUUGCUGCCCUUGAAAUCAGAAUGUCCUCCCACUGUCACAGGGCAGGAGAGGCUGCUCCUGCUGGCUUUCAGAAAACAAGGACAGAGGCAGCACCGUGACACCAAGAGGCCCCACCCCACCAUAUGGUACAUUCCCAGCACCUCUCAGCAACCCCGAAGUUACCUCUCUGUCAUCCCCUCCUCCUGCACCAACUUUUUGUACACUGGAAAAGAAGUUCUUCAGUUUGCUGAGAUUACAUCUUGGCUGGUGAUUCUGACCUGCUCCAGCACCUCCACACCAGUAUCCUCCUCCCUGCUGGUGGUUGAGAUGAUCCUUGCCACUAUCUUUUUUGCCAUCAACAUGUGUGACCUACAAACCAAGAUAAAAACCAUCAACUGGCCUUUGAGUGAUUUCUUGCAGACCCUCACAGUGGCCAUCCUCUAUCUGAUCACCUCCACUGUUGUCCUUAUCGAGAGAGGAAACCACUCCCAAAUUGUCACAGGGUUACUGGGCCUAAUCGCUACCUGCCUCUUUGGCUAUGCUGCCUAUAUGAUGCCUAUGAUCACCUUAUCCUAGAGACAGUAAAGACAUACAGCAGCCCCCACUGACCUUGCAGAUGGCGUAGUGUAGCUGAGCUCCCUUCAUUUCUCUCUGUAGCCUGCC